AUGUCUGAAUCUAAUGCUGAUAUCAAGGUUCAGGAGUCUGACGGAAACGUUGAGAGCAAUCCUGCUCUUUCAGUAAAGGAAGAAACAGCAGGAGAUGAUCAGAGAGGAGAGAAGAGAACCAGAGAGAGCGAAAGUCAGGGUGCCAACGAAGGCAACGAUAAUGACAAGGACAAUGACAACGAAAACGAAAACGAAAACGAUAACGAGGGAGAAGACGAUGAAGACGAUGAAGACGACGAGGACGACGAAGAAGAAGAGCCUCUUGCCAAGAAGAGAAGAAGAAGAGCUAACCAAUUCAUUGAUAUCGAAGCUGAAGUGGAUGACGAGGAAGAAGAUGAGCUUGAUGAGGACGACGAGGAAGCAGAGCUUUUAAGAGAGCAAUUCAUAUCUGAUGGUGUAGAUGGUCAUGAAGCAGGUGUAGGAGCAGAAGCUACCGACGACAGACUCCAUAGACAAUUCGACCGUAGAAGACAAGAGGAAGAAGACCAAGAUGCUGAAAAGUUGGCAGAAACCUUGAAGCAGAGAUAUAGAAAGACCCAUACUGUUUAUCGUGGGGAUACCAAUGCCAGUGGGACUGUAUCACAGAAGUUGCUUAUGCCUUCCAUCAACGAUCCAGCUAUUUAUGGUAUUAGGUGCAUCCCUGGUAGAGAAAAGGACCUUGUUAGGAAGUUGUAUGAGAAGAAGAGAACCUUGGCAAGACUGCAGAACCCAUUAGAGAUUUUGACUGUCUUCCAAAGAGAUUCAUUCAAGGGAUAUAUUUAUAUCGAAGCCAAGAAGCCUGAAGCCAUUGAAAGAGCUUUGGCAGGUAUGGUCAAUGUUUAUGCCAAACAAAGAAUCUUGGUCCCAGUUAGGGAAUACCCUGAUUUGUUAAAGCAAAUCAAAUCUUCAGAUGUGGAGAUUGUCCCAGGUAUUUACAUCAGAAUCACCAGAGGUAAAUACAAGGGUGACUUAGCAAUGGUUGACAAUUUAUCUGAAAAUGGGUUAGACGUUCGUUGUAAGUUGAUCCCUAGAUUGGAUUACGGUAAGAAUGACGAAUUUGGACCAGAUGGAAGAAGAAUUAAGCUGAAGUUGAGACCAUUACCUCGUUUAUUUAACGAACAAGAGGCCAGAAUGUAUGAUGGAGAACAUGUUUCUGCAGGCAGAGGUCCAAGAUCUUUUGUGUACAGAAAUGAAGAAUACUACGAAGGUUUCUUGUUCAAAGAUUUCAAAUUAAACUUCAUUCAAACCAAAGACGUACAUCCUAAAUUGGAAGAAUUGGAUAGGUUCACCAAUGGUGGUGGUGAAGAUGGUGAAGGAGAUCUUGACUUGAGUGCUAUUGCUGCUUCUUUAAAGAACAAAAAGGAAAAUGAUGGUGGUGAAUCAUCUGCUUUUCAACCUGACGAUAAAGUUGAAAUUCGUCGUGGUGAACAGGCGAAGACAAUCGGUAAGGUUAUAAGUACUUCAUUGAACGAAGUUACUAUUGUUGUUACCGAUUCAGGAGACUCUCAGUUUGUGAAUCAAAAGUUGACAGUUCCUGUAAAUGAUUUAAGGAAAGUCUUCACUGCUGGUGAUCACGUCAGGAUUACUGAAGGUAAACACGCUGACGAAACCGGUUUAGUUAUUAAGAUCGAUGGAGACUCUGUAGUGUUGUUGAGUGACCAGACCAAAGAAGAUGUUAGAGUCUUUGCUAAUUAUUUGAUCAAGGCUACUGAUGCUUCGACUACUGGACACGCUGUCGAUGUCACAGGAGGUAAGUUUGAGUUGAAGGAUCUUGUUCAAAUUAAUGCUUCCAAUGUCGGUUGUAUUGUGAAGCUAGAGAAGGGAAUAUUUGAAGUUUUGAGUCAAGAUGGUAGACUCAUCUCCAUCAGACCUUCCGGUAUAGUUGGCAAAUUAGAGUUGCUGAAGAGAGAACAAAUUGCCACUGAUAAGAACGGAUCUACUAUAAGCGUGGGCGAUACAGUCAAAGAAGCGCUAGGUGGAGGUAAAAAUAGAGAAGGUGCAAUUAUACAUAUCUACAAAAAUUAUCUUUUCGUUAAGCUGAAUGAAAUAGUGGAGAAUUUGGGUAUAUUUGUAACCAAUUCUCAAAAUGUCAGCACAGUCACUACCAAGGGAUCCAUUGUUUCUAAGACCUUGGGUCCUGACUUAAACAGAAUGAACCCAAAUUUGAAAUUGCCACCUGGUCUUGGAGCCGGUGCUGCUGCACUGGCAGGAUUGCGUACGAGAGCCGGAGGUCGUGACAAGUUGUUAAACCAAAGUGUUGUUGUCACCAGAGGUAACUACAAAGGUCUUAUGGGUAACGUUGCAGACGCAGAUGAUGUUGAUGCUAGAAUUGAGUUACAUACCAUGAGUAAGAAGAUCAAGGUCAGGAAGGAUAUGUUGAGUGUUAUAGUAAGAGGUGAGCCUGUUCCAUACUUGAGAUUUAUCGGUGGAGGAAGGUCAUCCGGGCCAGGUGGACCUGGAGCUGGAAACAUGCCAAAUAGAGCUGGACCAUCAUUUGGUGGGAUUUCUGGUAGCGGUAGUUCUUGGGGAGGAUCGUCUGCAUGGAAUAGAGGCGGUGCUUCAACAAUUGGUGCUGGAAAUGGUGGUGCCGGUGGAAGCUCUACUUGGGGUGGAAAUAAUGGUGGAAUGACUCCUGCUGCAGGUGGUGCAUCUGCUUGGGGUGGAGGAAAGACACCUGGUGUUGGAGCUGGAUCUACCUGGGGUAAAACACCCGGUGGCGGUGCCUCAACUUGGGGAGCUGGAUCUGGGGCUGGCAACAAUUCAACCUGGGGAGGCAAUAGAAACGCUGGGGGUUCUGCUUGGGGAGGAAACAACAGCAACAAUGAAGCUGAUAAUGGUGGGAAUAGUGCCUGGGGCAAUGGAGGAAAUUCUGCAUGGGGUAGUGGCAAUGGCGGUAAUUCUGCAUGGGGGAAGAAUAGUGGUAAGAGUAACUGGGGAGGGAAUUCUGCCUGGGGAUCCAAAUAA